AUGACUAUAAUAGCUUUUAGUAAACACGUUUACUUCUAUUACGCAUGUCAGUUUGUUAACGGUUGUAUUCUAUCAGCUGUACUUGUCACAGUGCCAGUUUAUAAUAACGAAAUAGCUACUGAAAAAGAUCGUACUUGGUUGGGUUGCGUCGUAAGUUUAGGUUUACCAAUUGGUGUAUUGAUUAGUUACAUAUUAGGAGCUGUUAUAACUAGUUUUGAAUUAUUUACUUUAACUAGUGCAAUACCGUCUUUAUUACAUCUAGUAUCAUCUUAUUUUAUAGUGGAAACACCGAUGUAUUUAGCCAGUAAACAAAGAAAACGUGAAGCUUUGAUUGUUUUAAAAAAAUUGAGAACGUAUAAAAACGAUAAAGAUGUUUAUAAGGAAUACGAAUAUAUUGAAGAUAUUUCUACUAAUCACGUUGGUAAAAAAACGAAUAUUUUCCGUAUAUUUACGAGUAGAACUUCAAGAAAAUCUUUAUUUAUUUGUAUUAUCGUUACAUUUACUCAGCAAAUAUCUGGUAUUAGUAUAAUUUUGUCUUUUAUGGUUCCAAUAUUCACAGAAGCAGGUGCUGCUUUAUCGCCAAAUGAAAUUAGUAUAUUAACCGGUUCCAUACAACUUUUCGUUGUUAUUCUAGUUUCUUUGAUAGUUAAUAAAUUUGGUAAAAGACCUCUUUUAUUAUUUUCAUCAUUUUUUUGUUCAAUAUCAAUGCUUGGAAUCGGUUUAUACUUUUUAUUGAAAAGUAUCGAGUUACCAGUCUAUUUGCAACUCCGUUGGUUACCAGUUGUAUGCGUUAUAACUUUUAUUAUAUCCUAUGGUUUGGGAUUGGGAUCCAUACCGUUGGGAUACAUAGGGGAGUUGUUUAAACAAGAUUUAAGAACGACGGGAAUGGGCGUCGCUAUGUUAUUUGGAGGUGUGUUGGUUUUUGUUUUAGAUUUUGGGUUUCCGUUGCUGGCGGAAGCUUACGGCAUACAUGUUUGCAUGUUUUUAUAUGGUUUUGCUACUUUUACCGGUUUUCUUUUGUUACUUUUAUUUCUUCCUGAAACUAGAGGUGAAAGCUUGAAGAGUAUACAGAGAAUUAUUGAAAGUAAAACUAUACAAUUGAAAGUUUUUGGAAAAAGUUGA